AUGGAGUUAAUUUUCUAUCUGACAUUUCUACCUUUUUUUUUUGCAUAAACACAAAAUACAUGGAGAACAGUUUAUUCUAUAUUGCCUGGCUUAAACGAGACUGAUAAUUGGAAUAUUGUUAAUUCAAAUGGUGGCCCAUUUAGUGAUUGUUAUGGGUCAAAUAUACUAGGAGGUUAUUCAAUCUUUGGUAAGUCUACCUGGAUUUCUUUAAAUCUUAAACUUCCGCCACAUUACUCAGUGAGAAUUUCUCUCACAUUUUGGAAAGUUGACAGUUGGGAUGGUGAAAUGUUCUAAUUAAUAUAUGACAAUCAGGCAUAUAAGAGAAAUUUUUGGACUGGUGAAGGAGGCGGUCUUUGUGGUAAUGGAGGAAAGUACAAAGAUCUAUAAGUUCCCUUAAGUUUUACAUUAGAACCACAUUAUUCGGAAUCCUUCGUUGUAAUUAUGACUUCAAGUUUAGAUGAGGAUCCUUCUAACGUAUAAAUUUUUUAAUUCUAGGAAUCAUGGGGAGUUAACUAAUUUCUAAUUGAAAUUUUGGAAUGUCCUGAAGAUUGCUUCUUUUGUUAUGAUUAUUCAUCUAAUUGCAAAUUAUGGUAUAGCAUUGCAUCAUAUUGGCAAACUAAUUUUGAUUCAGAAGGAUGGCUAAUUGAUAACAAUGAAAAUCUCUCCUCAAGUUUAUGUGCUAAUAUUCAGAUUGUAGGAGGAACUAAUCUUCUGAGAUAAGGGUAGUAUAUCAACAAAUUGAUUGAAAAUGUUCCAAAACACUUUAAAGCAUAGGUUGUACUUAAACUUUGGGCAUUAGGUGAUUGGAACGAGUAAAAUUUUAUUAUUAAAAUUGAUGAGCAAGAUUCAUAAACUCUAAUUCAAACAUAUUCCUAAAUUAGUUUAAAUUGUGUUAAUUAUCUAUUAGUAAAUAUAAAUAAUAUAGUCAUAAAUGCAUUACAUUCAUCCCCUCAGAUAAAAUUAGAAUUGAAAACAGAGGAUCACUCUCAAAAUAGUGCAUUUUGGGGUGUUUCAUCAUUUGACUUAUACAUUGCUAAAUGUUCAUUAGGUUGCGAAGACUGCAAUGGCGAAUUAGAAACUGAAUGUAGUAAUUGUAAAAAAAAAUGGGGAUUUUUGAAUGGUAAAUGUAUUCCUGCUCUUCCAUUAGAAUAUGCUAAUUUUAGAAUCUAAUAAAAUUAAGGGUUAAAAUUAAAUAUAGCGGAUUCAUUUUAAUUGUAUAUAGAGGAAUUAAAUCAAUUUAUCACAGAGGUUGGAGAAAAGAUAAUAAUAAUAGAUAAAAGUAUUUCAACUAUCUCUUUUUAAAUUUAUUUGAAAUGUUAGGAAAAGAUUAAAAUUGAAGGCUAAGUUAGAAACAAUUAUUCUAAUGAUGGUUAAAUUAUCUUUUCGAAUGAUUGCCAAAAUUCAAGUAACAUUAUAAUCUACAGUGUAUUAUUUAUUGAUACUGUGUAAUCUGAAAAAGAAUUAGUAUUAACUAUUUCAAUACAAAAAGUCGAAAUUAUUUAAGUAAUAUUAUUAAACAAUAUUGAAACAAAUGUUCUUCUAAUGUAAUUAUAUUAUGAUUAAUGA